UUUCAUCUCAUUAUCACGUCACUACGUGAUCACUUGAGAUAGUGUACGCCCACUAGCUCCUCACUUGUGACCUUGCUACGCUCCUUGCAAGACGUUCUUUGUUUUACUUCCACUUGUGACCCAUUUCGGAUUUUAUCAUGGAUUCUGAAGUUUUGGACUACAUUGAUGAUGAUGAUGUUCAAGCGGGCCCCUCUAAUAAGGGUGCCACGGAUACUAAGGAUGCCGGGGGACCUUCCCUCGGUGCAAUUCUGCUGGGUAUGUCCCAGACAUUAGAGCGCCUUGAUAAGCGCAUGGGCGAAGCAAAUAUUGUUGAGCAGCCCAAGAAAAGAAAAGUCACACAAGAAGCGCUAGACGCUGGUGCUGACGAUGAUGUUGAAAUGGCCGACGAUGAUGAUGCUGAGGCCCUGCUGGCAGGAUCGUCUGAUGACGAUCACCCUGCCGAAUAUAAUGAGGAAUCUGAGGACGACGAUCCGUUUUCCUCGAUUGCAGAUGAGGUCGUAGAGACCGAGAAGUGUGGCCCUGAGCUAGGGGCGACUCUUGCCAAAAUUAUAAAUAAACGGUUCUGGGAACCGACGGCCCUUGACCUAAUCAAGGAAAAACAGGCAAAUUAUGCAAAACCAAAGAACUGUGAGGCUUUGACGGUCCCACAGGUCAACCCGGAGCUAAGACGCAAACUGUCCAAAGAGUUGAAAAACCAGGACAAAGGGCUCGGGUUUUGCCAAAAAGAUCUGGUGAAAGGGUCUAUUGCAGUUGCUCAAGCAACUCAAGAAAUAUCCAAGCUAAUAAGCAAGGACAAACGGGAGCCGAUCAUUAGAAAGCUCACCGACGCUCUAGCGCUAUUUGGCCAUUCUAAUUAUUCCCUUUCAAUGCGACGGAGGGAAUUGAUCAAACCGGGCCUAAAAGCCAAAUAUGCCGGUUUGACCUCCGAAACGGUCCCUCUCACGAAAAACCUGUUUGGGGACGAGAUAGAGAAGACCUUGAAAAAAGUUGGUCGUACGGAUGAUGUCGGCAGAGAUGCCGCUAUCAGUUACAGAGGAGGCCACCGUAGUUAUGGUUCAAAAAACUACGGAGGCUACAACCCCCAAUACGGCCGGGGGAAUUAUCGAAACAACCAAUACAGGGGAAGAAACUCAAGAAAGCCCUGGCCCAGACAAUCAUGGAAGAAGCAGCCCGGCAGCGGGACAGCAGACAGAAAGUAGAAACUAGGAUUGUCACUCCGCAACCCAGCUCUCCAAAAGCUGUGUAUAAUCAGCCGAGUCCUUCAAAAGAUCAUCCAGGACAAGGCCUCCG